AUGAAACCCACAGUACAAGACGAAGUGGAGGAUGACUUGGCAGCUGAGGAGGAGAACAAAAUCAUUAACGAGGUGGGUUCGGGACUGAAGAAGAACGCGCCCUACUUGUACGACAUGGUUAUUACGCACGCCCUCGACUGGCCCAGCUUAACCUGCCAAUGGUUCCCCGACAAAGAAGCAAACGCCGACAAACCCUACACGACCCAUCGCCUUUUGCUCGGCACGCACACCUCAGGUCAGGCGCAGGACUACCUCCAAAUCGCGACCGUGCAGCUCCCCAACCCGACGCACCCGUCGCACCUGCUCGAUCGCGCCGCAUACGACGACGAGCGCGGCGAGCUCGGUGGACACACGCUGCCCCCGCAACCGCGCAUCCAGCUCAUCCAGCGCAUCAACCAUGCGGGCGAGGUCAACCGCGCGCGCUACAUGCCGCAGAACCCGGACAUCAUCGCGACCAAGGCUGUCAGCGGCGAGGUGCUCGUGUUUGACAGGACAAAGCAUAGUAGCGAGCCCGAGCGCGGUGGGGUGUGUAAGCCCGAUAUGCGCCUGGUGGGCCAGACAAGGGAGGGAUAUGGGCUUGCUUGGAAUCAUAAUAAGAAGGGGCACGUCCUCGGGGCUUCGGAGGACAUGACCGUAUGCCACUGGGACCUCAAUGCUUAUCAGAAGUCGAAUCCACAGAUCGAGCCUUUGGCCGUGUACAAAGGCCACACAUCUAUCGUCGGUGACGUGGACUGGCACGCGUCACAGGAGAACGUGUUCGCAAGUGUCGGCGAUGAUAAGAUGCUAAUGCUCUGGGACACCCGAACACCGACUGAGCCAACUUUGAAGACACAGGCCCACGAUCGAGAAGUACUAUGUGUCGCAUGGAGCCCAGCCAGCGACUAUAUGCUGCUCACCGGUAGCGCCGACAAGACCAUCAUCCUCCAUGACACUCGCUCACCAACAAAGCGAUUGCACGUAUUCGAGUCUCAUACCGACGAAGUCCUGCACGUGUCCUGGUCACCACACAACCCCACCAUCUUCGCCUCCGCCUCGAGUGACAGGCGGAUCAACAUCUGGGACCUGAACGAGAUCGGCGUCGAGCAGACGCCAGAUGACCAGGAGGACGGCCCUCCGGAGCUGAUGUUUGUACACGGCGGUCAUACGGCCCGGCCUACGGAUUUCUGUUGGGCGCCCGGGAUUGGCGAGAACUGGACCGCGGCGAGCACGUCAGAGGACAACGUCGUCAUGGUAUGGCAGCCCACGAUGCGCAUAUGGGCGGGCGACGCCGUAAAGGUGGACGAGAAGGAGCUCGAGAGCGAUGCCAUGGAAGGUGUAGAGGCGACCGAGCCAACCGCGAGCGGGAGUGGAAGUGGGGGAAACAGAGGGACGAAAAGUAUGAGUAUCAGCGCAAGUGCGAGUGCGGCGGGGGAUGAGGAGAGCUGA